CCGGGAGCUCUCCGCCUGGCACUUUCGGUCCCGCCAUGUCCUGCUACAUCUACCAGCUGCCCUCCUGGGUGCUGGACGACUUGUGCCGCAACAUGGACACGCUCAGCGAGUGGGACUGGAAUCAUUUCGCCUCCUAUGUGAUCACGGACCUGACCCAGCUGCGGAAGAUCAAGUCCAUGGAGCGGGUGCAGGGCGUCAGCAUUACCCGGGAGCUGCUGUGGUGGUGGGGGAUGCGUCAGGCCACCGUCCAACAGCUGCUGGACCUCCUGUGCCACCUGGAGCUGUACCGUGCCGCCCAGAUCAUCCUGAACUGGAAACCAGUUCCUGAAAUCAGGCCUUCUGUCCCAGACUUCCCGGGUGCCGAGAAGCCAGGAAGGCCCUGGGCAGCUUCUGUAAGAAACACGGAGGAUGAACAGAAAAAGGGGCAGCCUGUGAGGCCAGCUGCCCUUCCCGACCCAGGGCCUGCUCCAGCCAGAGCCAGCCUCCUGCCUCCUCCUGAAGAUGCCCCUCCUUCCUUAAACACUGACCUUCCUGCUUCAUCUGAUUCAAAGGAUGUCAGCACCUCCAUUCCUAAGCAAGAAACCCUUCUGAGCCUGGCUGUAGACAGCCUUUUCUGGAAUGAGGUGGAUGUGGUUCAGGCAACCGAUAAUUUCAACCAAACCCACAAAAUCAGUGAGGGGACCUUUGCUGACAUCUACAGAGGACAAAGGCAGAGCAUACCAUUCGUCUUUAAGAAGCUCAGAGAGAUGGCCUGCUCAGGUCCAGGAUCAAUUGAAAAUUUCUUCCAAGCAGAGAUACGAAUUUGUCAUAGAUGCUGCCACCCCAAUGUCUUACCUCUGCUGGGCGUCUGCACUGGAAAACAGUUUUACAGCUUGAUCUACCCCUACAUGGCAAAUGGUUCUUUACAAGACAGACUCCGGUGCCAGGGUGGCUCAGAUCCCCUCCUCUGGCCCCAGCGCAUCAAAGGUUCUCUCUGUUUUCUUUUCCACAGCUCCAAUGUUUUGCUAGAUCAAAACUUCACCCCCAUGCUGGCUCAUCCAAAGUCUCACCUGUGUCCUGACAAUAAAAGGUCAAAAUAUACCAGGAUGAAGACCCAUCUUUUCCAGGCCUCAGCUGCAUAUCUGCCAGAAGAUUUCAUCAAAGUGGGGCAGUUGACAAAGCGAGUGGACAUCUUUAGCUGUGGAAUAGUGUUAGCUGAGGUCCUCACUGGCAUCCCUGCGAUGGAUCACGACCGAAGCCCAGUUUACCUGAAGGAUUUACUCCUCCAUGAAAUUCCAAGUAGCACCAGGAAGACAGGUGUGGAGAAAGUGAUGGCUAAGGAGAUCUGCCAGAAAUACCUGGAGAAGAGAGCAGGGGUUCUGCCGGAAGACUGUGCGGAGGCUUUGGCCACGGCCGUCUGCCUCUGCCUGCGGAGGCGGAAUGCCAGCCUGGCAGAGGUGUGUGGCACUGUGGUUGCUGUGGAAGAGCGGCUCAGAGGUCAGGAGACAUCGCUUCCUUGGGGUGGGCUUUCUGAGAGCACAGGCUCUUCCUCCAACAUCCCAGAAGAAACGGACGAUGUAGACAAUUCUAGCCUCGAUGCCUCCUCCUCCUUGAGGACAGCACCCUGGUCUGGGGUUUCUGCUUCGCCUGCCCCCACAGAGGACAGAGAAGGCAGGAUGCAGGCCAGUGGGGGAAUGCAGGCUGACUCCUCCUCUGAGGCCUGUACCAGUCCAGAGCCUCCCCAGGAUGAGACUUCGUGGAAAAUCGAGAUCAACGAGGCCAAAAGGAAGCUGAUGGAGAAUAUCCUGCUCUACAAAGAGGAGAAACUGGACAGCAUCGUGCUUUUUGGCCCCUGAUUACCAGAACACAGCUGAGGACCCUUGUCCUCUAGUGGAAAGACAACUGUCAAAUCAAGAAAAAGAUUUGGGGCAAAAUCCAAGGUCUCCCAGGAACUACAAACCAAACGUCAGCCUACCUGGGGGGAAGGGAAACUUCCAAUUUCCAGAGUAAGUGUAGGGAGAAGGGACCUCAGCUUUUAGAGAAAGCAAAAUCCAUGAAGUCCUCUUCCGUUCUGGGAUUUGUUAGUCAGAGCUGGGUAUCAUCAGGAGGUGGAAGGGGAAACCCUGGUACAUGGGCCCAGGAUGUGGGCAGGUUCGUGGUUUAGGGGAGGAUGUGACGUUAAGCGCCCCAGCAGAUGCCGUUACCCUGUUCUCACCCCUCAACAACUGACAGAGCGUUCUGAAUGCUGACGGCACUUUCCAAAGUUAAAAUCUCUGGGUCAUAUUUGCCAACGACCGCCUGCAAACCUCCGUGACCUGAAAGAUUUUCACCUUGUGUCCCAAUGCAGUUCUUGAUGCACGUCUCAAGGUCUCAAGUUUCACAAAGGCCAGACACCUGGCAAAGGACUCUGUAGGCUUUCUGCUUUCUUUUUUGGAAAUCUUGCAACCCACAUAUAUUUAUUUAAUGUCUGUCUACACCUUUAUCCCCCCAUCCCACUAAUGCUAAUAUUUCUGAUGGAGCUUUUAUUUUGAGAAUAUGUGUUAUUUAUAGCUGGAUGAAAAAUCAGAAGAACUGGUUUCAUUCUGAUUCUGCUGCUAAUUAAGUCAAUCAUGUAAUUUCUGGAACCUCAGUUUCCUUGUAAGUAACACCUGUUCAUUCUCCCUCCUUGGGCUGUUGGGAAGAAUAGGUGAGACAUAGCUAUAGAAGUACUUUGAAAAUGCACUUGUCCUGUUUUAUAAAAUAAAGAAAUAAAAAGACAUUAAACAUCUGUUUCUGCCAUGUACCUAAUGUUUAUGCAGUGGGUAUAUUUCUGAAAAGUCAUGUUGCAGAUUUUUUGGUGAAACAAAUGUUCUUUUAUAUUCAGUGUGCCCUAUUUUAAAUAAUCCUACUAUAGUGAUAUUUUCCCUUUUAUUUUUAUAAAAUAAAUAUACAUUGAUAAAGUCAA